AUGGAAGUGGCCGAGCCUGGCGAAGUGGUGGAGGCGCCCGUGGUGCCGGUGUGCAGGCAUUGGCAGCGGAUGGGGUGGUGUCUCUACGCAGAACGGUGCCGCUUCCGACACCCGGAGCAGGCGGUAGCGGCCGUGGCAGAGGCCGGAAGUGGCAGCGCUACUGCCACCUCCACCUCCUCCAGCCUUGCCGAGGAUCGUCGACUUGCCUUCACCAAGCUGAGCAACGAGCGACAACAGAACAGAGGAGCGGGGCGGAGGAACAAGAUCAUGAACCGAAGCAAGGCGGGCGCUUUCCGGCGAUGGCUUGCGGAUACGUUCGGACGGGACGUGUUAGGGUCGGGCACGGGACUAUUGGACAUUGCCGGUGGUAAGGGCGAGCUCUCGUUCGAACUGGCCAACCUCACCGGCGUGCCCACCACCGUCGUCGACCCGCGGCCCCUCCAGCUCGACCGCUUCAUUAAGCGGCUGCUGGUGGGGAUCUACCACAGGACGGGCCCGUGGCAGGCCUACAAUCACCUGCCAGUGCCUGCCGAUGCAUCGCACGUGCGGACUCCCGGGCACCUGCGCACCUUCUUCGACGACCACCUCCUGCGGCUACUCGAUCUCCACCAGCAGGGUCGAGUCGACGAGGCUGCAGAAGGGUUCCAGGCCAUGCUCUCAACGGCGCGGGCUGUCGCAUGGACGGAAAAGGGCCUGGUGGCACAGGCAGAAGGCGAUGACGAAGCGGAGACCGAGAUCAACGAGGACGGGCACUCCAUGCCGCAGGAGGACGACGGGUCGGGGAGUAAUACGGUCGGUACGAGCAACGGCCAUGAGGGGCUCGUGCACUGGCCUGCCGUGCAGAAGCUGGUGACGGAGUGCUCCCUCAUCGUGGGCUUGCACCCGGAUCAAGCCACCGAAGCCAUCGUGGACUUUGCGCUGCGCUGGAACAAGGGGUUCGCGAUUGUGCCGUGCUGUGUGUACCACAAGCAGUUCCCGCGACGACGGCUGGACGGGGCGCCCGUCACCACCUACCAGCAGUUCGUGGCCUACCUGACGGCCAAGGCGCCCGACCGGAUCAAGACCGCCACGCUCGACUUCGAGGGCAAGAACCUCGUCCUCUACGCCCUCCCGCCCGUCCACCUCAACGUCAGCCCCAAAUAA